GAUCUAAACCACAAUCUCUCUUGUAAUCACUUUUCCGCGAAGGCGUCAAUGAUAGACAAAUGGGAUGGUGUGCGAUUCAUAGACUGGAAGCUCUUCGUGCUCUCCCCAAUUCGACAGUUCGAUAUUAUUCUACGAAGACGAAAAAGGUCCCAACACUCAUGAAAAUUUUCAAUUUCUGUCCCUCUCGAAUAUUUUGCUUCACUCGAUUCACUCCUCCGCAACAAAUCCAUUCUAGUUAACCAGCAACGUAAUUCACCUUCAAGAUCGUCUCGAGAACAUGAUAGAAUAGCUUCUCAGCCACUACAAUAAAAGAUUGCCUAGGUACCUUGUUGUCGCUUUCUGUUGGAGGCAUCAUUCCUUUCUCCUACAAAGUCGGUAUCAAAUUCUUCGUAUUUUCCUCAGCCGACUAUACACACAGACAGAAUUACCAUAUAAUUUACUCAUGGUUUCUCUCCUUCACUUUGUUUAAUAUUCCACCCACAAAUAGCGAAUCGCUUUUGCAGUUUCACUCUUUUUCGCGGGUCUCUGCUACUUUGACAAUCACAAUUCAUACUCUUCGUCACCAGACAUCUUUGUGCAUUUACUUCCGCCUUAGCAAUGGAAAAUCCUUCUAAAAUAAUAGUUUCAACAGAAAGAGACGAAGAGUUUGAGAAGGCCCGAAUCAAACGCCUCCGAGGUGACUGUGAACAAGAUUUUCUCGCAUUCAAAGACGAGGUACUUGAGAUCGCCGGUAAGGUAAACGGUCUUGGCUCAUCACGAUUCGCGGUUGGCCACCAGAAGUUCUAUCAAGUCACACCAGGCGGUCCGAGAAAUCUUGACCUGGAUGACAACUCUCUGUGUAGACAAACACCUCCACCGCCACCAAACACGGCGAAAAUGAGCGUAUUGACAGGAAACAAGGACCUGGCCUCCCAUUUAUCAAAGUCGGGGGGGCUAAAGAAUUCUCGCUUUUCUCCUAGGGUUGACGACAAUGUCACCAAUAGAUUCUACUCUCAAAGCGGUUCCGGGGAAAGUGCACUCAAAGCAAAUGCGGUCAUCUCUACCUCAACCGAGCUGAAGAGUAGAUCUACUUCUUUGUGUGGCUCAGCCAAGUCUUUCACACCUCGGGCUCUCGAGGAAUCGCCUUCUAGUGGCAGCGGUGGUGUUUCACUGGCUCUAUGCUCAAACACCGUUGUCAAGGAUUUCGUAGUCAAGAAGCCAACUCCUGAGAAGCUGAUAGAGCAGAGGCUCCUAGCAGACUUUCACAAGCGCAUGGGUAAAUCUCAAAGUUUCAAUUCACCCAAAGUCGACAGCGCCAAUGGAUUUAUUAUGGCCUCAGUCUUGUCCUCUGUUACUAUGGUCCCAGACGCCGAAGAAGCCACUACUGUCAAUGAAAAAAACUCAAUCGCAAGCCAAGAGCUCUUUGUUGAUAUUGAUUCUGUUGCAGCUUCUUCUAUCCCAGCCGCACACAUCACCAGCUCCCCAGUGCAAGCUUCAGUUUCGGGUAGUACAGGUAGCGAGUCGUGUCCAUUGACCACUCUUUCCCAGAAAGUCAUUUCCGGCCGUCCCUUGAUGAAGGAUAACGAGUUUAUGAGACUGCUGCUUAAGGAUAAACAAGAGAAAGAUUUGAAGAGACAGUCUGUCGCUGCAAAGCAACUAACAACACAAAAGGAAGAUUUCAAGGUGAAUAUACAACGUGUGGAAUCUGGUACCACUCCUCCUUCCCUGCAACCCCGAACCUCUACAAACGGGGGAGUCAACUCGAAUAACAACAAUACUUCUGAGCACAAUUUAGAAUCCCCUAAUACUGAAAAUUCGGCCUUUCCUCAAAAACAGAACUCAUACACAAAAAUGUCGAACAAGCCUCUAAUUCCAGCGCCAGUUAACCCAUGGACCACUGCAAAGCUAACUCAAGGCAAGACUCUAAGCAAAACAGAUGAAGACUUCCAAACAUUCAUUGCGAAUAAAGCAGCUGCAGCUGCGGAGGUACGAGCACAACAACAACAACAAGUUGUUACGCAGCCUAUAUCAUCAAAGCCCGCUCCAAGAAAGCAAACACAAGCCGAAGAAAAUAAAGAAAAGCGCAAGUUAGCUGCUGGAACAGCCGAUUUCAGUGUCUUACUUGCUCGUCGCUUCGCAGAUCCCCCGAUCAUCAAGAAAGAGAAUAUCUUCAAUAAAAAUCCUUUCGCCGAGAAGGUUAUUAGUGCAAUGAGUACACUUGACGAUAACCAUGCGAACACUGUUAGUAGUUUGGCAGCUUUGAAGGGCGAAUCCUCUCAGAACAAGAUUUCCCACGUUGCUGUUCACAGUUUCGCUCCAAAGGAGCAAAAGGCUUCCAUUCUUACCAAUACACAAGUCAACGAUCCAUUGAAUGGAAAGCUUACGGACAACGUAAAUCAAGCUGAUAGCUUAGUCUCUUCACCUCCAUUUUGGUCGAUAUCUAGCUUCUCUGACAUUGGCGAUAAGUUGGAAAAGGCCGAAAUUGGCACAGAAUCCAAGGAAGGCGUUCGUCUUUCUGAAACAAAAGAUGCAAACUUGAUCUUGCGUGAUUGGGAUGGUAGCUGGUGUACACCGCCAAUUUGGGAGGAGCGUGGAGCUUUCGAUUCUGCUUACAUUCCAUCUUACAUUCAUGAGUGGUCUAAUAAUGUCAGUCCUGUGCAGCCCGUCACAAUUGCUAUCGACACCUCUGCCGAAGGGUUUAGAUCUGGCGAAUAUCAUGUCAACAACGUCAUCCUUUCCAAGGCACCCUGUCAUGAGCCAACAAUUCCUGAUAUCUUGAAUGCCUCCAAUGAACAAAAGAGACUCCAUCAAACUGCAGCCAAAGACGUAGCAGCCUACUUCAAGGAUGUAGAGAGGGUUCGAAAAGCACAAGAAAAAUCUGUCAUAGCAAGUAAUUCUCACUAUGAGCAGCAAAUGGCAAAAGACCCCGAGCCAAACUCAUCUGCUCCUAAGAUUGAGAUUUAUCUACGACCAGCUACUGAAGCUGACGCAAAGCACGUUUUGGAGACUUACAACCAUUACAUUCGCGAGUCCUACAUCCCAGAGGAUCAAGAGGAAGUCACUGAGAAUGACAUUCUUUACCUCAUAAAGGUCACCAAGAAAGAUAAGUUGCCCUUCGUGGUUGCCGUCAAAGGUUGUAUUCCAGCGAAAUCCGCCAAUCCAAAGGUCAAGACCAAGUUACCGCAGUAUGAGAAUAUCGUUGGCUUUGGAUACACAGAGACUCGUGGUUGUGGACUUACUGGAAAAUCUGACGGUCGAUCCAGAUUUACACACAAUAUGCACUUUUAUGUUCACCCUGAAUAUAUUCGCAAGGGAAUUGGUGGUUGUGUUCUAGAUCGUCUCCUCGUGGUUUCAAGUCGUGCUUGGUCUAGUCAUGGUGGAUACAACUGGCUCAACCCUGAUAAUGAUCCUGCCUACGGCCACGGUUGUGGUGCCCGCUGUCACCAACUUAUUAUUGAGGUUCCCGUCAAAAAAGAUGACCUCAAUUACGAGUGGAUGAAGAAGUUCUUGCGCAGCUUCUGGUUCGUGGAUGAAACUCGAUUCAUCUCUGUUGGCAGAACUUCUGUAUUGAAGAGUCCAGUAGAGUGGCUCGACGUCGUGCACUUCCAGAAGGAAGUUGAACAUUCAGGUGAAUUCACACAUAUGGUUUAGCUAUCUUAAUCACGAACGUCAUUGAUUGAUGCAAUCUCGACUUUCGAAUAGUCGAAUAACCAAUACCCAUUAUUUCUCUUUUCCUUCUUUUCUUCUUAAUAUGUCACCAUUGUAACUUCCACCACUCUGGAGGCGGCCGUGGUUGAGAUCAUAUUGACUUUAAUUAUUUGUCUUUUUGAGGGGGAUAAUCUAGGGAAAGGCUCUGGAUGAAUUGAAGAAUUUGGAGUUGAUAAAAUGAAAGAAAUGAUGGAAGCAUUGAACGAUGGAAUAUAAUUUGCGAAGAAUUUCUACCCUCUGGUGCUAAUAUACUCAAAGAUCUGCAGCUCAUGGACGAAAUAUGACCAACCUUCUAUUGAGCUGAACGUACUUAAAUCGAGAAAUACACAGAAAAUAAUAUAAGAAAUCAUGUGAUUUUCCUUCUACCA